AUAAAAUGGAAGGUCUUACUGAAGCUAUCGAAGAAGAAAAUAUUAAGAAAAUCAGCUUAGAGAAGUCUGUCCUGGCAGAAGCCAAGGAGCAAGAGGUCACCACAUGCCAGAGCAUUCUCUAUAAGGUUCUUCCGGAUAAAAAAGUUGAACCAUCGGAUCCAGACUCCGAAGAAGUUUCAAGAAACAGUGAACUUAGCAUUGAGUUGUACGACAUCUGAAAUGUCAAACUUUUGAAAAGUUUGAAGUGUCUUAAGUUUUUUGAUAUACAUUUCCUUUGUUUGGGUCAGAUUGAUUCUGAAAAUAAUCGUUUUGUUUUAAAUUUCUUACAAUCCUCAUUCCCAAAUAAAAUUAGGAAACUAGUUUUUGGGUCCAGUGGCCAAAUAGAUCUGAAAAGGUCCAGCUACUUAAACUCCCUGACCAGACUCAACUCCAAAGUAGUUCAGCAAGUUCUCUUUAGAUAUUUCAGCAUCGGCCUGCCUCAACUCAAGAGGCUCGUGGCAGCUUUCAGACAUGUGAGAACUUUGAGAUUGACAUAUUGCAGGCUAUCUAUCCCAAGUUCUCCUGAUUUGUCAAAGGCUCUGAAGAAUUGCAAAAUCCAGGAAAUAGGUUUAAUAGGAUGAGGAGAUUCGGAUAGAAGUGAUUGGGAGAACAACUUCGACGAGUUCGAGAACUUGGUACAAGGGUUAGCAAGCUCUCCAGAUUUAAGAUUGAGUCUUGAUAAAGUACUUGUCUAUUACUGCGAAGUAACCCAAAACAAAGUUGAACAACUCUUUGAAGAAAACCAGCUUGGAGGAGUUAACAUAACUGGUGGAGAUUAAAUUUUGGUGAAAUUUUUUAUUAUUACUGCUUUGGUUCAAAUUC